CUCUAGAUUGCACAUGGUUCAGUAUUGUAAUGGGCAACGUUUUUGCUGCUUCUAAUCCUUCUCCUUCUUCUCCUGGGGAAGGAUUUGUGCCUCCUCCACCGCCAUUAACAGCACCACCUCCAGUAGAACCUAAACAGCCAGAUGGGAAGUCACAAGUGUCCAAGAAUCCCGGGGCUUUUGAAGAAUUACAUAAGAAAUGUAAAGAUGUAUUCCCUCAACCAAUGGAGGGUUACAAACUACUUAUAAACAAAGGACUCAGUAAUCAUUUCCAAGUCAGCCAUUCUCUUCAGCUGAGUGGUAUGGGACCUGGGGCCUACCAUUUUGCAGCAACCUAUGUUGGAAGUAAACAAAUAUCUCCUACUGAGGCCUAUCCAGUUUUACUUGGAGAUAUUGACACAUCAGGAAGCCUGAAUGCACAAAUUAUUCACCAAUUAACAAACAGGAUUAAAGGAAAGUGUGUUAUACAGACACAAAAAUCAAACUGGGUUCUUGUUCAAGCAGAUGGCGAAUAUCGUGGAAAUGAUUUCACAGCUAACUURACUGUUGGAAAUUUAGAUAUUGUCAAUGAAUCAGGCAUUUUAGUGGCRCAUUACCUACAGCGYAUGACACCAAAGCUWGACUUGGGUGCUGAAUUACUAUAUCACUAUGGCUCUGGGCAAGAAGUAGCUGUCAUGUCAYUAGGAGGAAGAUAUACUGCUGAAAAGUGGGCUGGWUCAGCRUCUGUUGGCCAGGCUGGCUGGCAUCUUAGCUAUUGGCACAAAGGCAAUGAAAAUGUGCAAGUUGGKGUCGAAUAUGAGUAUAAUCAACGUGCAAGRGAUAGCUGUGUUAGCCUGGGAUAUCAGAUUGAUAUACCAAAAGCAAAUGUUUUAUUUCGAGGAAUGGUUGACACUAACUGGACUGUUGCUGCYGUAAUGGAGAAAAGACUGUUGCCUUUACCAUUCACAUUUGUUUUAAGUGGCAUGGUUAAUCACAUCAAGGAGCAGUCUCGGUUUGGAUUUGGCUUGACAAUAGGUUGAAACAUGUAGUGUUUUAUAAUCUUGUGUAGUUUAGAACUUUUUCUUAUAUUAUUUCAACAUGAUUGUUGACCAGAUCCAAACAUUAAUGAUAAAUUGCUGGGCUGUUUGGGAACGAAAUUGCAGCUUACAGCUUUUUUUAAAUUUCACACAUAUUUUGUGUCAAAAAUAUUACUAUGUACAUUGUACAUGUAGGUAUAUGUAGUCGUCAUUGUACAAAUUAAAAGCAUUCAUGUGUGUAGAGAUA